GCGGAACGUUGAGGCUGGGGUUUGUUUCCUAGCCGGGGCAGUAUCACGGUUGCAUUAUUCGUGUCGUGGGGAGAAACGGCAGCAUGGCAACCAUGGCGACGGCCACCAAGGUGCCAGAAGUCCGGGAUGUCACCAGGAUUGAGAGGAUCGGUGCUCAUUCUCACAUCCGAGGGCUUGGGCUGGAUGAUGCUCUUGAACCACGGCAGGUAUCGCAGGGCAUGGUUGGACAGCUGGCCGCGCGCCGAGCAGCUGGGGUUAUCUUAGAAAUGAUCAAAGAGGGGAAGAUCGCAGGACGUGCUGUACUAAUAGCUGGACAGCCCGGAACCGGAAAGACUGCGAUUGCCAUGGGCAUGGCUCAAGCCUUGGGCUCGGAUACUCCGUUCACUGCCAUUUCUGGCAGUGAGGUCUUCUCUCUGGAAAUGAGCAAAACCGAGGCUUUGACGCAAGCUUUCCGCCGUUCUAUUGGAGUCAGAAUCAAAGAGGAAACUGAGAUAAUUGAAGGAGAAGUUGUAGAGGUGCAAAUUGACAGACCAGCUACAGGAACAGGCGCCAAAGUAGGUAAACUGACCUUGAAAACGACAGAGAUGGAAACCAUUUAUGACCUGGGCACAAAGAUGAUCGAAUCAUUGACAAAAGAAAAAGUCCAGGCUGGAGAUGUCAUAACCAUUGAUAAAGCAACAGGCAAAAUCACAAAAUUGGGCCGUGCCUUCACAAGGGCGAGGGACUAUGAUGCCAUGGGAUCCCAGACAAAGUUUGUGCAGUGUCCUGAUGGUGAGCUCCAAAAACGCAAGGAAGUGGUGCAUACAGUGUCACUGCAUGAAAUCGAUGUAAUAAAUAGCAGAACACAAGGAUUCCUUGCCCUCUUCUCAGGUGAUACGGGAGAGAUCAAAUCUGAGGUCCGAGAGCAGAUUAAUGCGAAGGUGGCAGAAUGGCGAGAGGAAGGAAAGGCUGAGAUUAUCCCAGGGGUGCUGUUCAUUGAUGAAGUUCACAUGUUGGAUAUUGAGUGUUUUUCUUUCUUGAAUCGAGCUUUGGAAAGUGACAUGGCUCCAGUUCUCAUUAUGGCCACCAACAGGGGAAUCACAAGGAUCCGUGGUACAAAUUACCAGAGUCCGCAUGGUAUCCCUAUUGAUUUAUUGGAUCGGUUACUGAUUAUCUCCACUUCACCAUAUAAUGAGAAGGAAACAAAACAGAUCCUAAAGAUCAGGUGUGAAGAGGAAGACGUGGACAUGAGUGAAGACGCUUCUACUGUAUUAACAAGAAUUGGCUUGGAGACCUCUCUGAGAUACUCAAUACAACUCAUCACUGCUGCAAGCCUCGUCUGCAGGAAGAGGAAGGGGAAUGAUGUUCAGGUGGAUGACAUAAAGCGAGUUUACUCUCUGUUCCUUGAUGAAUCUCGAUCAACACAGUACAUGAAAGAAUACCAGGAUGCUUUCAUGUUCAAUGAAAUGAAAGGGGAUACCAUGGACACAUCUUGAUGAUCUGAAUGAACGUUAUUGUUGUCACUCCCUCCCUAUGUACUCUCCGCUGUUGUUACAUGCCUUAAUUUGCAUUCCCUUUUUGUUUUUUUAAAUUAAAACAAAAACUGAAAAAAAAAUAAUAAUCUGACUUUAGUAUUAUAGACUUGUUGUGUUGCAUACAGUGUGCUCUUUUAAGGUGGACAUGAGAUAGUCGCCAAGAGAAUUAGUGCAUGACCGAUCUUGACUUGGCAAGGUACGUAUUUAUUUUAAUGAGGAGAGAGGGAUAAGUUGGCGUCGGGCACCUCUGGCUUACCUCUGCUACACACAUUAGUCUUUUAUUGGCUGAACCUGCUAAGAAUGGUGGGUUCAGCCGACACUCUAAUAUGUAUGGGGGAGACCCCAACUCUCCCCUGACA